AUGUCUUCGCGUGUAUUCAAAGGCAAAUCACAUCCCAUUACCAAUGAUUACCGCAUUUCGGAUAAAGUGUUGGGUUUGGGUAUCUAUCAUUACCAUNCUUCGCGUGUAUUCAAAGGCAAAUCACAUCCCAUUACCAAUGAUUACCGCAUUUCGGAUAAAGUGUUGGGUUUGGGUAUCAAUGGAAAAGUGGUCGAGUGUUUCCUCAAGACUAAUGGACACAAAUACGCCCUCAAGGUUUUAAGAGAUUCCACUAAAGCUCGACGUGAGGUAGAGCUGCACUGGAGGGCCAGCGGUUGCAAACACAUCGUUAAUAUUGUCGAUGUCUACGAGAACUCUUAUGGCGGACACAAAUGCCUUCUCGUUGUCAUGGAAUGUAUGGAAGGGGGAGAACUGUUCCAACGGAUCCAAGACAGGGCCGAGAAUGCCUUUACAGAACGAGAAGCGGCCGAAGUUAUGCACGAUAUAUGCAAAGCCGUCCAAUACCUUCACGCUAUGGACAUCGCCCACAGAGAUGUCAAACCAGAGAACCUAUUAUAUACGCGAAGCGAUAGUUUAGGUGUUCUUAAACUAACCGAUUUUGGUUUUGCAAAAGAGACAUCAAAUACAUUAUCACUUCAAACGCCAUGUUAUACACCAUAUUAUGUCGCGCCUGAGGUCUUAGGGCCUGAGAAAUACGAUAAGAGCUGCGAUUUAUGGUCAUUGGGUGUAAUCAUGUAUAUCCUGUUGUGCGGAUAUCCGCCCUUUUAUAGCAAUCAUGGAUUAGCUAUAUCUCCGGGUAUGAAGAAACGGAUCAGAGCGGGUCAGUACGACUUCCCCGAUCCGGAGUGGAGACACGUCUCAAGAGAUGCUAAAGAUCUGAUAAAAGGAUUAUUAAAGACAGAUCCGGCUCAGAGACUAACCAUCGAGAAUGUUAUGAAACACAAUUGGAUUGCUCGGUACGCCGAAGUGCCACAAACGCCACUCCAUUCGGUACGAGUGCUGCGCGAAGAUCAGGAACAAUGGCCUGAAGUGCAGGAAGAGAUGACACAAGCGUUGCGUACAAUGCGAGUGGAUUUUGAAGACCAAAUGACGCUCAAGAAUCUGGAGACCAGUAAUAAUAGGUUACUCGAGAAGCGAAAACAGAUUAAAGGAAAGCGUUAGCCAUUGGACUGCCUUUUAUUACUUAAUUAUAUGCAAUAAAAGUGUGUUUUUUGUUGUUGUGUUGCGAGAGAAAUACAAUAGAUGUCCAAAACGAUGUUAAAUGAAAAACCAUUUCAACUUUUCGCCUUUCACUAUAUUGUUAUUGUUUUAAAUAACAAUUAAUGAUAUAUAAAGUGUAUGUUUU